GAUUGCCCCACUUGUCUGCAAACCCUGUGGAUCUGAGGACAUAACACCUCUUUUUCGUGAAACACGUGAAAGUUAAUGAAGCUCUCUGUGCGAGUCCGAGGUGACUGGUUUGCUGUUCCCUGUAAAGGGACUGAGAAGGUAGCAUGGCUUGGGGAGGAGUCAUUGAGACGAUACUAUAAGUCUAAGGCAGGGGUCGGGCAUGCUCAGGAAAAAGUAUACGAGGUCAGGAAAGCCAAGGGGGCCGCCAUCUUGGAUCCUGAUGACGCAAUUAGAGAUGUCCUGGACGAAAAUGAUUUCGUCACCGUUGUACUGGAUAGUGAUAUGUCUAGUCCCGUGACCGGACCAGCGGAACCAGUGUAUGUAGAAGAAAAAAUCGCCAAGACUAGCGUGGAGUCUGCUACUGAGUACAUAUCUUUGGAUGGCAACAGUUUAUCAACAGAUGACCUUCUUAGACUAGGCAAAGGUCAUUACCUGAUUAAGUUGACUUUGGAAGCCGAGCAGAAAGUAAACAAAGCCAGAAAGCUUCUAGAUGACAUUGUGAAUAGUAACAAAGUCGUUUAUGGAAUAACAACUGGUUUUGGGAAAUUUGCUAGAACGACGAUUGAAAAGGGCAAACUAAUAGAACUCCAAGAAAAUUUGAUUCGUUCCCAUUCGGCAGGCGUCGGACCACCACUGUCUCCUGAGAGGACACGGAUGCUGCUGGCGUUACGCAUCAAUGUCUUAGCGAAAGGAUACAGCGGGAUAUCCAUGGAAACCCUGAAGAAAUACAUAGCGGCUUUUAAUGCUAAUUGUUUGCCGUGGGUACCAGAAAAAGGAACCGUUGGUGCAAGCGGAGAUUUGGCGCCAUUAUCACAUUUGGCCCUGGGCAUGAUGGGAGAAGGCAAAAUGUGGAGUCCCAAAAGUGGAUGGGCAGACGCAAAAUAUGUGUUGGAAUCGAACAAAUUAACACCGAUAAAACUUGGACCAAAGGAAGGAAUAGCGCUGAUUAACGGGACUCAGCUGAUCACGGCCCUCGGUGUGGAAGCUCUUGAGCGAGCGGAAGCGAUAGCGAGGCAGGCCGACAUUGUAGCCGCUUUUACACUGGAUGUCCUGAAGGGAACUACAAGAGCAUUUGACAGUAGUAUCCACAACGUCCGACCUCACAUAGGACAGAAAAUGGUGGCUCGACGCCUUCGUUCUCUGCUCCACUCCGACACGCACAGAUCUGAAAUAGCAGAAAGUCACCGAUUCUGUGACCGUGUCCAGGACGCCUACACGCUGAGAUGUUGUCCACAGGUACACGGAGUGGUCAAUGACACCAUAGCCUUCGUCAGAAGUAUUCUGUCUGUAGAGGUCAACAGCGCCACGGACAACCCUAUGGUUUUUGCGGAUACGGGUGAAAUUAUAUCCGGUGGAAAUUUUCAUGGAGAAUACCCAGCUAAGGCUCUGGAUUACUUGGCGAUUGGCAUACACGAGAUAGCAAAUAUGAGUGAGAGACGGACAGAGCGGCUGGUUAAUCCUGCUUACAGCGAAUUGGACGCUUUCUUAACUCCUGAAGGGGGCUUGAAUUCCGGAUUUAUGAUCGCCCAUUGUACAGCAGCCGCUUUAGUGUCCGAAAAUAAAGUAUUGUGCCACCCAGCCUCAAUUGACUCCUUGACGACGAGUGCGGGAACGGAAGAUCACGUGUCAAUGGGUGGGUUUGCCGCCAGAAAAUGUCUACGUGUGGUAGAACACGUCGAGCAGGUUUUAGCCAUAGAACUUCUUGCUUCAUGUCAAGCCAUAGAAUUCCUGAGGCCCCUUAAAACAACGCCGCCACUAGAAGAAGUGCAUAAACUCGUCAGAAAACUAGCCGGUCCUUGGAAAAAAGACAGAUUCAUGGCUCCUGAUAUUGAUGCAGUAACAAAACUCCUUCAGGAUGAAACAGUUUGGAGAAAAGUCAAACCUUUUAUGGAUAAUUACCACGCACAACAGGAUAUCGAAACACGAGUUUUCUCUCCAACGUCCAGUUUUGCUGCAGAAGCGCCACCUAUCGCCAAAAGACGCAAGACCAGCAGCCUGUCCAGACCAAGAUAACUGAAUCCAAUAUAUCUCUCAAUUAAUUCUUGAAACUGACAGUACAUUAUUAACAGGCUUCGCAUGUCUUCUGUAUAUGUGUGUGACGGCGAAGGUGUAUCCUUACAAGAUUGGGUGCAUAGUGUAUGAUAACGUAAUUGUCGUUAGUUAAAGUAAAAGGGGUUGGUGUACAUAUAUACAAUGUAGUGUCUUUUUAUUACGUGUGCAUAUCUAAUAAAUGGUGAUAUAUUA